AUGUGUGCUUCAAACGUAGGUAAUGCUAGAGAAACACAGCGUCAGAUAGAGGCAAGAAAAUCCGUAAAACCAUUUCAGGUAAAGAUAUGGUUCCAAAAUCACCGCUAUAAGUGCAAACGGGCGUUCAAAGAAAAAGAAGAUGGAUUAGUGAACCUGCCACAGUCGUCAGUCAAUAGCGUCUCACACGAGAACAAAGAAGAUGAUAUUCUUAGUGGUCGAAGUUCACCCACCGAUGUGAACAACAGCAAAGGGGAUAUACAGGCAACGUCUGAGAUGCUGCAAUCGCUCUCCGAAGAAGGUCGUUUUCCACUGGCGUCAGAACCGAAGGAGCGUUUUAGCGCUUUUGAUCUUGCCAUCCCGCCUCCAGAUACCAAGUUUAUCCCUGGUUCUGCGCCUCCCUAUUCAGGGUACGGUGGGCAGACGAUGUUUCUCUCUAGUCCAAGAGAUCCUCCGAGAGAGUGCGAAAACGGUUGUUCUGAUAUAUGCAGAUCAUACUUCAACCACUGCAUCUCGGACUGCGAUUCUUCAAAACGGCUUGCAACGAGCAUUUUCGGUGGCACUACGAAUCCUGAGGCUCUCACCUCCACCACUGAUUAUCCGUCGCAUUCUACGAAUCCAAAACCCGCCUUUGAGUGCUACCAACGUACAACUGCCGAAGAGGCGGCGGUCCCAUCGAAGCAUGCCUUUGGAGUAGAGAUGAGAGACAACGAGUAUGCAGUGAGAAAUAUGGAUUUCUAUUGA